AUGAAAAAGUUCGUUGUCCUAGGAUUGAUUUUGUUGGUUGGAUGUGCUGCGAUAGGCACCAUCUUCCUACACUUGAAGCCGACCAGUGUACAGUCUGAAACCGGGACAAUGCUUCAAAAUGCUACUGCAGCAACCGACAAUGUAACUGAAGGCGCGAGCACACAGACGUCAGCAGGCAAGACGACUAGUCAGGCCAUAGAUACCCAAAGCCUCUGCAAGGUAGUAAUGGCUCCCGGAGGAAAAGAGAGUGGCCGUCGAGUGAUGGAACUUGCCGUCAAGCGUCUUCUUCGUUACAUUAGACGGGAACUGGGCUCAAACCGCAUGCAAUGGUGGUUGAAGUGUCGUCAGCUGACACAGAAAGAUUUCCUCAACAUGCUUGUUGGACGGCUGUAUCAGGCAGUGAACACGCCGGUCGAUGAAAGCCGUCCAAGCGGGAUGGUCACUCAACCUCCUGGCCCAGCAGUGAUAUCCUCCACUCAGAACAGCGAGCAACAGACGUCUUCCAUACCUCUGGGGGUGUCCUCUAACCAAUCAAAUACUGGCAAGGCCACUCCCACCUCAUAUCUAAAGUUCUUCCGGCGUCCGUGA